AUGCAUUCGCACGCACACAUCAUCAUCCCAGCAGCUAAGUUUACCAACUUCUUACACGACCGGCCCUCGAUCGGAGUAUUCCUCCAAGCCGCGAACGAAAAGUGCGUCCCAGAGGAGCCAAUAUGCGUCCGGACUAAUUUGACCAAUGGCUCUCUCAUGAAAGGUCAAUCCAAGAUCGCGGAGAUUCGUGAUGCACGUUCUCGUAAAGAUGAGAUCGCUGAACCUGAGCCUCUUACCACUCGUCUUGUGGUGCCUAGCAUCUCAUGGGACCGUUGGGAUGCGCUUGAGUCCCACCGGCACACGAAGCAAUGCGCAUACGAGGUCCAUGCUGCAGCCUCGCGGCCACGAAGGCUCCGCACCGAUGUCAAGGUCGACGCUACCGACGUCGAAACAAUGGGCUCGCCCCUGUCCCUCGUCAUGGCGACGGUCGACGGCCCCGACUGGCAAUUAUGUGCAAUCGGGCCUAGCACACAGGCCAAAGCGCGGGGCAUUGCCGGGGCCGAGCGUCGGGGCCGGUGGGAUUGGCUCCUGACGACGAUAUGCCGCGGCACAACCCCGGUGUCACAUACGGGAUACAAGGCGGGAGUUGGUUCCGCGAGGAUUCGGCCUCCUGGCACUAAGUCGCCGAGCCGUCUCUUGUCGGGUCGCUGA